AUGCUUCAGCAGCCUCAAUAUUUUCCCUCACAGCAGUACGCGCAUACUCAGACUCAGCCCAUUCAGCCUCACCUGCCCAGUCCAAUUAAGCUACCGUCUCGUUUGGGUAUAGCUGAUCGAUCGCCCUCUAAAGCGCCUCAGUUGCCGAGUAGUCCGGUUCGGGUGGAGGGUGAUGCAGGCGAACUGCGGAGGGCCUAUUUUGCCUGGCAAAUCCAGAGGAAUCCGAGUGAGGAAGCGGCCUUUGCAGACGCUCUGGAAAAGAUUGAAGUAGAGUCAUACACACUGAAGCAAAUACGUCGGAUGUCGCCUUCUGAUUGGAAAGAGAUAGAGGUUUCAAGAGGAAUGGCCAUACGGUUAAAGGAUGAGGUGAAGGACUUUGUGGAGGUGCUGCGGCUUCGUGCUGCUACCUCUGCUGCUGGGUUCGCUAGUCGUCGGCCACAUACUGCUUUGGACGCCCUCGCCGCCGCUGCCCUGCUGGAAAAUGAGGUUAUUGAUGAGGAUAGCGAUGAGGAGGGGGAGGAGGGGGAGGAGGAGGCCUGA